GGCUCCGGGGCGGCGCGGGGGGCGGCGCGGGGAGCCGCGCUGAGCCCCGCCGAGCUGUGCUGAGCCGCGCGGCGCCGCCUGCUUCUGUCCGUGCGUGGCCCGCGGUCCGGCCAUGUCGUCGGGCGGCAGCCUGAGCACCAUGCAGCGGCUGGUGGAGCAGCUGAAGCUGGAGGCGGCCGUGGAGAGGAUCAAGGUCUCUCAGGCAGCUGCAGAACUCCAGCAGUACUGUAUGCAAAAUGCCUGCAAAGAUGCCUUGCUUGUUGGGGUUCCUGCGGGGAGCAAUCCCUUUCGAGAACCCCGAUCCUGCACUCUACUCUAAAAUCAGCCAGGGUUCCUGAGAUUGCAGCUGUGCUUGUGCCUCAUCAAUAGUGUGCUUUGAUUGUUGCUACGUAGGUUUGACAACACAGGACUGAACCUGAAGAGAAAUAAAACUGAGCAUGAGAUGCUCUUCUGGAAGAACUCAGGAGGAGGGAGGUGGGGGUGAAGCACCAGCAGAAGAUUUUCUUAAGUUAGGUGCUACUCUUAAUUCUUCCUGCAAAUAAGAUAAAAUUGGUAGUGACUGUUGCGUGUGUUAUUGUGCUAUCAGAGCAGCCUUUCUGCUGCUUAUUUUGUGUGUGUAUCUGUAUGUAUAUAUGUAUUUCUAGGAUUCAAGUUUGAUUGCUUCAUCUAAACAGGAUACAAAAUACGUUCUCAAACAAGUCAGAUGGUAAAUUUAUGAUACUUCUAGAAAUGCACAGCUCAGGCCAGGAUGUUGUUUAGUAGUCUUUUGCUGAUAGAUGAGUUAUCUAGUUUUUUAUUUAGUUAUCUUAGGAUCAAAAAAAAUGAAAGCAAAGUCAAAAAGCCAAUUAAAAAUAUUUAGAUGUAUUCAGGAUGCCGAUACCCAACAAAGGAAAGGGCUUAUUCAGUUUUUCUCAGUGCAAAGGAGCUUUUGUGCCAUGAUUUGUGAGAGAAAUGUGUCAGCUUGGAAGACGGCAUUUUUAAUGGAGUUAUUUUUCCUCUUACAGGGAAGGUCGUCAGAGAGUUGCCUUCAAGCAUGACAUGACUAACAACUGCCUUUCCUUCACAAGAAAAGUCUCUCUGUGUCCUAACUUGUGUGGCUAAACCAAUGUCCUAAAUAUUUAUGUUUGUUCUUUUGUGUAUCCGAACUUCACUGUCUUUUGCUAAUGUUCAAAAAGUUUUCUAAUGCAACUGUUACUCUUUUCAGAAUUGGCACCAUUGUUACUACACUGUGCUAACUGUACAAAUACUACUUGAGAAGUUUACAUUUUAGAAAAGAAAAAGACCUGGAUUUUUACUAAAUUACUCAUUCCUAUCUUGGUAAACUGUUACACUGGAAUGAGAAUAGAAAGUAUUUGGUUGGGAUUUUUUUCCAAAAUAAAACAUUUAAAAAGUGAAUUGUUACAAUAUAAAACUAAAUGCUGUUAGUACUGAAGUAAUGUUCUCAGGAGAAUUUUGCUUCCAUUAGUAAACUGGAACCAACUACAGUUCUUUUUCAUGUGCACCUAAGUCCAUAAAUGACACAUAUUAGAAACUGCUGGACACAGUGUGUAGCACAGGCUUGAUUCCUAAGGCUUUCUGACAAGACCUCUAAUCUGUAAUACUUCUCCUAAUUUGUAUUAGUAAAGCUACUGUUGUGGUGGAAUUUCCUUGACAUGUAUAAAUUGUGACCAAACAGACACUAAAAAUCUGUGAACACCCGAAGAUAGUUGCAUGUGUAAUUGUCAAGGUUUACAACACACAAAAAUACUAAAAUGUGCUUGGUCAUUUGCCUUCAGUUUUUUAUAGAGCACUUUUACAAGGACAACUAACUUUUUUUAAUAGGUUUGUAAUGUUGUCUACUUUCUAUUGUUUGUAGUACUCUUUUCAAAGUUUGGAAAUAAAAUUCCUUUCCCUACUGGC